UCGUCACUCUCCGUGACUGGGGCUGGAGGACAGAGAAGCCUUUCCCGUUGCCGGUGCCGGCCUUGUGUCUUGGAAGUACUUAGCUCAAGAGCGAGAUCGCGAGCAGCGCCAUGAGCAAUACUACCGUCGUCCCCAGCACUGCGGGCCCAGGCCCCAGCGGCGGGCCGGGUGGCGGAGGCGGCGGCGUCGGAGGUGGCGGCACCGAGGUAAUCCAGGUGACUAAUGUCUCCCCGAGCGCUAGCUCUGAGCAGAUGCGGACCCUCUUCGGUUUCCUAGGCAAGAUCGACGAACUUCGCCUCUUCCCGCCGGAUGAUUCACCUUUGCCAGUCUCAUCCCGUGUGUGCUUUGUUAAAUUCCAUGACCCGGACUCAGCAGUUGUGGCACAGCAUCUGACAAACACUGUAUUCGUUGACAGAGCAUUGAUAGUCGUACCAUAUGCAGAAGGUUUGUGCUUUGUUUAACUAUCUGUGUGGGCAUCCUAUGAUGACCAUCUACCUCAGUAUAGUUUUAGAGUGAGCGUUAGUAGCAUGUUAAAAAUAUAAGCAAUUAACAUUUUGAAACCCUUGUUAUACUGUGGUCCAUUUUUUAACUUGCAAGAUUUUUUAAUUCUAAAAAUUAGAAAUCAGAUCUGUUUUUAUAAGAUAUUUAACCUUUCCAUUCCUUUAAAACAUUUUUAAGUUCUUUAAAACCAUAACCCUAAUUGUAAUUCCUUAAGAUACAUCUACUUAGUAAAUGUUGAGUUUUAUUAAGAAGUUCUGAAGGUGAAUGGACACAGGAACCUUCAAAUCAAUGCAAAAUGUUAUUUCUGUUUUGAAUAAAUGACUAGGUUUUAUUUCCUUAGUUCUUUUUCUCAUUGAUAACUUUAAAAAAUAUAUGUAUAUCCCACAUUGAAUUCCAGUAUACCAAGGGUUACAAUGAUUUUGGUUUGUAUGAAAGUUCAAGAUUUUCUAUAGUUUAGGUGCCAGAUGGGCACUGGGUGUUUUGUUUUUAUUGCCAGAUUUUCUUGUUCAUUCUUGCUAUAUUUUCUAGAAUAUCUCUAAAUAAUAAAUUCUUCUCUCUGUUAUUUGUGUGUGUGAUUUUUGUAGUGGAGAAGGCAAAUGCAAAACUCUUCCAGAUGACUGAAAAACAGUGGGUCCUCUGCAGCUACAGGGGAUUCUAGACAUUAACUAAAGGCCAGCAAGCACUCAAGUCCCCCAAGUGUUUUCCUGGUGUAACCAUUUGUUAACUACAUUUUCUCUCUUUUUACAUUUUAGGCUGUUAAAGUAAUUUGACAGAAAUAAUGAGCAGGGUUUUGGGAUCUAAAAAAGCCACUGUGACAAGACAGCACUAUUUAAUUAAUUUUGUGAAAUUUUCUAAGCCAUAUUUUAUAAUUUCUUUGUUCCCAAUGUACUGCUACUUUAUUUUCUUUUUGGUAACUAAGUUUUGACAAAGAAAUAAGUGAAAUAGAAAAUUACUGGAUUUUAAUUAAGUUAAUAGUUACUGGACUUUAAUUUACAGCAUUAAGUUAAUGCUGAUGAGGUUUUAAAUGCUUUCCCUUUCCUUAAUGUAUUGGUCAGUGGAAGCAGAAUCUUGCUAUUGUGAAUUUUAGAUGCUAUCUCAGAUCUUUGAGUACCAGUGUGAACAUUUACAAGAUGCCUUGUACAAGUUGUGAAAUGUCUAAUCCUUAAAACUUAGAAAAAUUGCCUUUGUGGUUGUCUAAAGAUAUUAAGUUGCAUUAUAGGUGGGUUGAAGGCAUGCUGUAUAAUAGUACAUCUGUCUCUGAUAUUAAAGUGUGUGAACUCAAUUUUAAGGUUUAAAAAAAAUUUAUAUGCUGAUAAACAUUGGAUUUAGUGUGUUUUGAUUAAGCAAUUCCUUUUAUAUCAGUGUGCCUGUUGUAGGAUAAGACUUAAUCACCAAGAGAAAAUUUACAGAAUUCCAAUUUAGGAUAAGUAAAAUACAGAUAGUUUUUGGAACAAGGGUCAAAUCAUGUGAGUAAUAUGCUAAACAUUAGCCUUUAAAUGUAAAGAAUUCUUAUUGGCAAAGUAUUAUAUCAUAAUACCCAAGCCCUGAACAUAAUACAGUAUAUCAUAUAAUUGGCAUUCAUAAAUAUUUUUAGACCAUGGUAAUUUUUCUGGAUCUGUUUAAAAGUGAAAUAUUUAGAAGUGUAUGUAGAAUUACCAAAAUAUUUAGUUCUGGAAUUCAUUUUUGGUGUAUUUAAUUAAUGGUAUGGUAUGCUGUAUUAAUGUUAUCUCCACUAAAUAACUGAUGUACUUAAUCCCUUUGUCACCAUUCACCCUAGUUUUAGCUCUUACACUUUGGUGUUGGUUCUCCGUCAUGUUUUAGAACAAUAGACACAGAGUCUACGGUAAGGAAUAAAUAGUCUUAAUUGGUAAAACUGAGAUAGCUGGAUUUGGAAGGAACUCUUUAAUAGUAAUGGAUUUGGGGGUUAUUUAGGUUCCUUGGUUAAUGUUUGUUUCUUUUGUCUGUUUCUUUUUCUUUCAUUUCUACACAUUCAUGCAGUAUUUCAUGGUUCUAUCAAAGCAGCAGUAAAAAAAAUACUCUUGACGCAUGAAAAUUAACUGUUCUUUUCCCUGGUUCAGCCUGAACUAUAUACCAGGCCCUGCUGAAAAUACCACCCAACAGUUUUCUUCUGCAGCUUAUCCAGUUUCUCUUAAGUGCCCUGUACAUAUUGUAUGUUUUAUGAUGAGAUGCAGUUUCUUAAUAUGUAUUACAGAAAUACUACUGGUAUUUGCAAAUAUGUAGUUUAAUUGUAUUAUUGAACUCUCAUUUUGGGGGCUUGGGCACAUUAACAGAUUAAUCCAUCUGUAUAGGGCUUUUGCUGUUGGAUAGAAUUUAAAUUGUCUACAUAAAUAUUUGUCUUAGGACCCUUAGAUUUUUAUCUGAAUACACAGAUUAGGCUUUAAAAACAGACAUACAUGUUGUUUUUGGCUUUAGGAGUUUGGCUAAGUUAGCUUUUGAACUCACACCGUAUAGCAGCAUUUUUUGGUAUGGUUAGCAUGGCACAUGUUGGAACAUAAAGCAUUUUACUAUACAGGUAAGGAAUGUGCCAUGUUGUUUUACCUAUUCUCUCUCUAUCUAUCUCUCUCACUACCACACACACAUCCAGUGUGUAUUCAGAGACCUUCAGAAACAUUCAUUUUCAUGAGUCAGCAAAAGCCCUACACUUGAUUCCAACAGAAUAUUUCCUUUACAUACUUUCUUCUCUUAAUUUUUACAAAAUUUGUAUGGUAGGUGUAAAAGAAAAUCGUAGUAACUGUACCAUAUUAUUAACCCCUAAAUCAAACUUUUUUUGUCUUGUGUAUCUUGAUUUUUCUGUGUGCUUUAUAGUGAAGCAGCCGACACGAGUCGUUGUUCAUAAAACAGCUUUUGAAAGUUGAGAGCACACCCCUGGAGAACCGACUGUGCUUGCUUACGUUUGGUUCAUGACUUAAAAAUCGAGUACAGGUGAUGAAAUCUUGGCAGUGUUAACAAAAAAGUAGUGUGUAUUGUGCUAUUUUUUUUUUACUCUAGAAACUUAACCAUUUGUAGAGAAAAAAGGAAACAAAUUUUCACACAUUGAAGUUUCUUUCUGACAUAAAAUUAAUGAUAAAUAAUCAUAGAAAUCAAACUUUAUGUUUUAGCGAACAUAAGUACUUUCAACAAACUCAGGUGGUGUAUCAGGGAGACAUUUUCUGGGUGUUUUUGUGUGUUUUCUGUCUUGCAAAAGGGUGUAUUCUAAUGCAAGGAUGUUUCUCUGCAGGAGUUAUUCCUGAUGAGACUAAGGCUUUGUCUCUGUUGGCACCAGCUAAUGCAGUGGCAGGUCUUCUGCCUGGUGGUGGACUCCUGCCUACUCCUAACCCACUUACCCAGAUUGGCGCUGUUCCAUUGGCUGCCUUGGGAGCUCCUACUCUUGAUCCUGCCCUUGCUGCACUUGGGCUUCCUGGAGCAAACUUGAAUUCACAGUCUCUUGCAGCAGAUCAGUUGCUGAAGCUUAUGAGUACUGUGGAUCCCAAGUUGAAUCAUGUAGCUGCUGGUCUUGUUUCACCAAGUCUGAAAUCAGAUACCUCCAGUAAAGAAAUAGAGGAAGCUAUGAAGAGAGUACGAGAAGCACAGUCCCUAAUUUCUGCUGCCAUAGAACCAGAUAAAAAAGAAGAAAAACGAAGACACUCAAGAUCGAGAUCACGCUCUAGGAGAAGGAGGACUCCUUCAUCUUCUAGGCACAGGCGAUCAAGAAGCAGAUCAAGAAGGAGAUCACAUUCUAAGUCAAGAAGUAGGCGACGAUCCAAAAGUCCAAGACGGAGAAGAUCUCAUUCCAGAGAGAGAGGUAGAAGGUCAAGGAGCACAUCAAAAACCAGAGACAAAAAGAAAGAAGACAAAGAAAAGAAACGUUCCAAAACACCACCAAAAAGUUACAGCACAGCCAGACGGUCCAGAAGUGCGAGCAGAGAGAGACGACGACGAAGAAGCCGCAGUGGCACAAGGUCUCCUAAAAAGCCUAGGUCGCCAAAAAGAAAAUUGUCUCGCUCACCCUCCCCUAGGAGGCAUAAGAAAGAGAAGAAGAAAGAUAAAGACAAAGAAAGAAGCAGAGAUGAAAGAGAACGAUCAACAAGCAAGAAGAAAAAAAGUAAAGAAAAGGAAAAGGAUCGGGAAAGAAAAUCAGAGAGUGAUAAGGAUGUAAAACAGGUUACACGGGAUUACGAUGAAGAGGAACAAGGGUAUGACAGCGAGAAAGAGAAGAAAGAGGAGAAGAAACCAACAGAACCAGGUUCCCCUAAAACAAAAGAAUGUUCUGUGGAAAAGGGAACUGGUGAUGCACUAAGAGAAUCCAAAGUGAAUGGGGAUGAUCAUCAUGAGGAAGACAUGGAUAUGAGUGACUGAAUGUAGCCUCCUUGGGAAUCCAGCUGUACACAUGCAUCAGUGUCAUUCCUUUGUGAUUUCUUAAUGCUGUAUUUGUUCAUCUCAGAUCUUAGAUGUAUACAGCUCUGAGCUAUAAAUGGUUAUAAAGCUCCUGAUGUUGAUGUUAUUUACAUCCAAAAGCUUUUAGAAAAUGAUACAUGGGUAACCAAUCCUUGACAUGGUGAAAUCUGAUUGAGUAACCAAGCAGUUCUAUUCUGGUGCCGCUUCGUAACAGAGGUGAAAAGCUGCAUGCAUCUACAGCAGGCAUGGAUUGUUUUAGUUGUAUGAUCUCCUUUAAGUAAGUUCACUUAUAGUAUUUCUAGAAUUUGAUUCAUUACCGUAAUAGAGCCAUGUAGGGAAUGCACUGAUUGCAUGUUAAUUGUGGCAGGAAUAUCCUAAAUGUCAUUAAACUCCUCCAACAUGAUGGAUCUACUUAUGGUCUUGUUCGUUGACAUGACAAAUUAACAUCUUUAUAGUUACAUCUGGAAAUAAGCAUUUGAAUAGAUAAUCCUUUAAGCCUUGUGGCUGAAUUUUUGUGGCUUUUGUUUAACUUUGAAAGGUUAUAUAUGCACUAACCUUUUUUGAUGGCUGCUUAGGCUUUAAUUACAGAAACAAGAUUUCAAAAGAAACUGUCUUUGGCAGUAAGUAAAUAGCAUAUUUUGAAGUAGAGUUGUAUACUUUUUCAUAAGGUGUUUCGGAAUUUUUUUUCCUGAAAUAAUUUAUUCUACACCUACAUCAGUGAAAGCUAUCCAGAGUCCAUCUGUAAAGGAAAAUUAUCUCAUGUCCUGAUUUUCAAUUUUCCACUUUUAUUCAUUUGUUUUAAUAUGUGUUGGAAAAAGGGGGUAGUGCAUUUUAAAUUGACCUUCAUGUGCUUUUAAAAUGUACUUGAUAAUGUACUUUUUAUUUGAGCUCAAGUUGUAUAAAACCAAUAAAUUUGUGUUAGUGUUACUGCAGUAGUAAUCCUAUGCCCACAGUGAUUCCAUGUUAAAUGCAAAGUAGUAUGGCAACUGUUUUCUUAGUUACAGGAGUUUCAAGCUUCACUUUUGUGCAGUAAAAACAAGAGUAGGCUACAGUCUGUGCCACGUUGAUGUACAGUUUCUGAAAUUGUUUUACAAGACUUUGAUAAUAAAACCCUGAAACUUAUGUUCA